GGAGGAAUGUUGCUGUCAAUCAUAGGACCCGCCCCCUGAGUUCCUGACUCUGUCUGUCAACGUGGAGCUUAGGUCAAGAGAAAUAAACCAUGGCCACAUUGUUUAGAGGGUAUCGGAAUUUUUAUAAAAGAAGCAGUAAACAUGUGGAGCUCACUUUGGUAUCCUGUAGAUCAAUGGCUUCCAAGACCCCAGUGGGUUUUAUUGGUCUGGGUAACAUGGGGACACCUAUGGCAAGAAACUUAUUGAAGCAUGGAUAUCCUGUCAUUGCUACUGAUGUCUUCCCAGAGUCUUUCAAGGAGCUUCAGGACUCAGGAGCACAGAUCUUGGAUUGCCCUGCUGAAGUGGCUGAUAAAGCUGACCGCAUCAUCACCAUGCUACCAUCCAGCCCCAACGUCAUUGAGGUUUACACAGGACCCAAUGGCAUACUUAAGAAGGUGAAAAAAGGCACCCUUCUGAUUGACUCCAGCACCAUUGACCCUGCAGUGUCCAGAGAGAUGGCUGCUGCUGCUGAGAAGAUGGGAGCAGUGUUCAUGGAUGCUCCAGUGUCAGGAGGUGUUGGUGCAGCCAGUCUGGCUAAACUCACCUUCAUGGUGGGUGGAGUUGAGGAGGAAUUUAAUGCUGCCCAGGAGCUAUUCACCUCUAUGGGAGCAAAUGUAGUGUACUGUGGCCAAGUGGGAAGUGGACAGGCAGCGAAAAUCUGCAACAACAUGCUGUUAGCAAUUGGCAUGAUUGGCACAGCAGAGACCAUGAACCUUGGAAUUAGACUGGGUUUAGAUCCAAAGCUGCUGGCGAAGAUUCUGAACAUGAGUUCAGGACGAUGUUGGUCCAGUGACAAGUAUAACCCCGUCCCAGGUGUAAUGGAAGGAGUGCCCUCAGCAAAUAACUACCAGGGAGGCUUUGGCACAAAGCUAAUGGCUAAAGAUCUUGGUUUUGCUCAGGAUAUGGCGACCAGUGCCCAGACCCCAAUUCCUCUUGGUUCUUUGGCACACCAGAUCUACCGUGUGAUGUGUGCUCAUGGCUACUCUAACAAAGACUUUUCCUCCGUCUUCCAGCUUUUACGAGAGGAGGGGGUGUAGUAGGUCCAAUGGAAGUGACCCAGACUCUGGACAUUAUGACUUGCUGGUUUAUUAUUGAUAUGCAUGAGUGUAUAUUUUCAGAGGGAUGUUACAGGUAUGUUGAAGCUAAUAAGUGUAACAUUGAGAGUCCGAUGCCUCUCUUAGGUUGUUGCCAGAUUUUGCCGUUUGUAACUAUGACCGGUUCGAACUGUUACUCAAGCAUUCUUACUUCACACAUUUACCUGCAAAUGUUUACAGUCAUUCUUUUUCACUUUGAGCCAGUUCUGAGCCAAUAUUGAUUUUAGGUCCUGAUACUGCUAGAAAUGUUUAUGGAUCCAUAUGACAUACCUCAUCUGUUUCAGUUGUGCUUAAACUGAAUCGAAACUGUGAAAAUUUUUACAAAGAAGUAGUAGGUCCCUUGUUUUUGUGGAAUAGUUACAUUAAAAGAAUAGUUCACCUAGAAAAAAAA